AUGGCUCUGCUUGAGCAGGGAGGUCCACCGUGCGCUGACCCCGCUCCAUCCCGCAGGUCCCCGCCGCUCCUGCGGCUCUUCCCCGGCCGGCUCUCCGCCUUCCCGCUGUUCCUGCUGGCGCUGCUGCUGGGCUUCGCUUCGCUGCUCUGGCUCCAGCUCAGCUGCUCGGGCGAGGGGCCGGCGCCGGGCGGGCAGCACCGGGGGGUUCCCCGGCAGCCCUGCCCGCCCCCCGCGCCGCUGCAGCCCCCCGAGGAGGAGCCGUCGUGGGGGCCGCACCGGCUGGCGCUGCUGGUGCCCUUCCGAGAGCGCUUCGAGGAGCUGCUGGCCUUCGUGCCCUACAUGCAUCGCUUCCUCAGCAAGAAGAGGAUCCGCCACCGCAUCUUCAUCCUCAACCAAGUGGAUCAUUUCAGGUUUAACAGGGCAUCCCUGAUCAACGUGGGCUUCCUGGAGAGCGGCAACGACACCGACUACAUCGCCAUGCACGACGUGGAUCUCCUGCCCCUCAACGAGCACCUGGACUACAGCUUCCCAGAGGCAGGGCCUUUCCACGUGGCAUCCCCCGAGCUGCACCCGCUCUACCACUACAAGACCUACGUGGGUGGCAUCCUGCUGCUCACCAAGCAGCACUAUGAGUUGUGCAAUGGCAUGUCUAACCGCUUCUGGGGCUGGGGACGAGAGGACGAUGAGUUUUAUCGACGUAUCAAAGGAGCUGGUCUCCAGGUUCGUCGUCCCUCUGGAAUCACAACUGGAUACGAGACUUUCCAGCACCUGCAUGAUCCAGCCUGGAGGAAGAGAGACCAGAAGCGCAUCGCUGCGCAGAAGCAGGAGCAGUUCAAGGUGGAUCGGGAGGGAGGCCUGAACAACGUGAGGUACAGAAUCGAGUCACGGACAGAUCUGAGCGUGGCAGGAGCCCCUUGCACCGUCCUUAACAUCUUGCUGGACUGUGACACAAACGAGACCCCCUGGUGCACGUUUGGCUGAGCCCGUCCCCCGUGCCAAUCGUGUGCUCUGUGCUGGUGCCAAGGCUCCCUGGCUGCCGUGCAGCUGCCUGGAGCAGGCAGGAUUUGGGUGGAUGAGCAUGGCAGUGCUGGCGAGACACAGAGGAGCAGAAGAGGCUGAGAACUGGACUUUGCUGGGAGCAGCAGAAGAGGCUGAGAGUGGGACUCGCUGCUGUCGCUGCAGGUGCUGGUGCUGCCUCCCAGGGCAGGUGCAGGAGGUGGCUUUCCUGUGCUGGACAUGGCUGAGCUGCCACGCAGCUCAGAGGACAAUAAAGAACUGUCAGGGCGCCUGUGAGUUGUGAAUGCCCUGGGCUGUGCUGGCACUA